AUGCUUUUCCUCCCAAUGGGCCGUGCAAGGGCCAGACGACCCUACCUACUGCUUUUUUUCUUCCUCUCCCUCAUUCUAUUCGCGCAAAUAGUCGCCGCUCAGGACGAUUCCGAUUCAUCGAACAACAAUAAUGAUAGCGACAGCGACAGCGACACAUCUUCGACUACAACAACAACAACAAAUAACUAUCCUGUUAUAACUCCGCCCCCGACAGAUGGUGCGCCGUACAUGCAGAAAUCGAGUGCGCCAGAAGGAACAGUCUUCAUCGCCGUGGGAGCCGUUUUGGGUGCUAUGGGCCUCUCCGUCCUGGCAUGGCGGGGCCUCGUAGCAUGGUCUGUCAACCGAUCUGUUCGCCGAGCGGCGUUGACGCACUCAUCCGAAAAUAAGGGCCUAUUGAGAGGCAAGAAGAAGCGAUCAGGACGACCCCGCUCCCAUGGACAUGGUCACACCCAUCACAACGCCGUCUCCUUGGAGAAGAUUAGCGGUUCCCGUCACAGCACCUAUAGGGAUCAGCGAGGGUCCAAGAUCCCAACCUCUGGCAGCGGCCUCUUCUUCUCCCCCACCGCGGGGAUGAACAACAGCGGGAACAGAGGCUCAAACUACCUCCCCGCUGGAUACUAUGCCGCGGGAAGUGCCGCAGCGAGCGUCGCCCAGAAUGUCGGCCUCUCCGCUGAGCACCUCCCGCCACAAGCCCGGGGAUACACCCGCACGGGCUCCGGCCCUACACCCCCAGCCACGCCACUGUCUCCUCCAACGGGUAUGCACGAAGCUCAACAGUACAGCAACAGCAACCUGCGCCAAUCAUACACAGCCGCUGCGUCAACAAGCAGUUUGAACCUUACAUCCCCGCCGCAAGGGAGGACACCUAGUGCAUACCUUGAAGAUCUUUUCGAGAACCACCCUCCGCGUUCUCCAAACAGGCAUACCUAA